CAAAUAACAAAGAUAGCUGUGCAUAAAAAAUUCAUUUAUGUUCGAGAGGGGUGAUACUUUCAAAUUUAGAUCUAAAAGCGAAUUCAACAUGGUAUCGAAAACAAUCAAUACUCUUAGGCGCGAGUUCAGGCCCAUUGUUCUGAAGUAUAUGCCGUUCUUGGUGAUGUCGUACUACUUUAUGGAGGUCUUCUAUUCAGUGGUCCACACACCACUUGUGGGCAGGGAAAGAGCGAUUGUGAUGGACGUGAACGAGUGCUUCGGGCACUUCUACACAUGCUUUGAUGUCCUGCUGACCAUUGGCGCCAUCUUUCUUAUUCUCUGCACACGAAAGGAGGCGAGCGGAGUGACCCUGCUGCUCAUCGGAAGAGUUGUCCACCGGCUGUUCUUCUCGAUAUGGACCAUGUUCUUCUACUUCCUCUUCAACGACAGCCUGGAUGUGGGCUCCCUGCUGCUGCUGAUGGCGGCCAAAAUCAAUCUGAGGGAUCAGAUGGACUGGUUCCAGACGAAGUAUAAUAUUUUAUUGCUCGGAGGAAGGCUCUGCCUGUCCAGCUUGUACAUCAUUUGGAUAGACGAGGGCUUGGAGACCCUUUUCAGCAUCGUGUCAUUUGGCCUUUUGGUUUUCAUUUGGCUUGGCUUCCAUUGCAAACUGUUUGCCUAUCUGACGGUGGUUGCCCUGCUAUACCACGAUGUGUUCAGCAAUCAUUGGAGCAUGUUGUGGGGCUGGAACGAUACGCUUCUAUCUAUACAAUACUUCUCCCUGUUGUUCUGCAAAAUUGGCGGAUUCCUGAUGCUCUCGGAGCUGGGUGGAGGCAGGUGGUCAGUGGAUGGAUACCGGAAGAGAAGUGGCGAGAAAUGGGAGAAAAAAGGCAACUACCGGAUCAUUAAGACGCAGACGUCGGCCUAGUAAUCCUUAUCCAUUCGACAUUUAAGGGAUUUGCAUAAACUUUAAUGGGAAACACUCUCCCAGCGUCUAA